AUGGGUUUACCACGGGAUAAGGAUAUGUCAGGUUUCACUGCAAACCAUUUACCUCCAAAUGCUGCUCUACCUUCUCGAACUGCUCCUCCAGUAUACAACACAAACCCUCGGCCGAACACUUUCCUGCAGCCAAACCCAAUGAUGGCUCUGCACAGCAUGCACUUUGUACCCAUGGGCCAUCAGAACAUACAACCACUUCCGCAAAACAUCGAGACGCGUUCUCAUAUACCCGGCCAGACUAACUUUGUACCAGAGGUGAUGCUGCCUAACGGCAUGAAAAUGUGUCCUGUUGGAUUACUGAAUGGAGAGCUGUUAUACAAAGUUACAGCUCCUUCUAACUUUACUCCUCCUCUUCCGCCCACCGUCCCCAAGACAAAGAAAAAAUUCAAAAAAGUUGACGAACCUUACACAGAGCAAACGUAUGUCAAGAAGCCUCUAAAUGCCUUCAUGUUAUUUUCCAAGGAGCAUCGGCAAGCGGUUAAGGAAAGGUCUACCUCAAUGAACAUUGCUGUUAUAAAUGAGACCUUAGGAAAAAUGUGGCAUUUGCUGCCUGAGGAGGAGAAGGCUAAAUACUACGUGUUAGCGGAAAAAGAGAAGAGAUUGCACUCCCAGCAGCAUCCAGACUGGUCCUGUCGCCACAAUUAUGGCAAGAAAAGGUACAAUAAAAGAAUUAGAGAUCUAACUACUGGCAGUGUGCAGGAGUUGACGUCUGAACUUCAGGACGAAAAUGGACAUGUUGAAAGUGAGGGUGAGGACAGCCCUGCUUCCCUGACAGUGGAUUCACCAGCUGAGCAUCUUUCCAUAGAACUAACACAAACACCAAAAAUGGAAGAAUAA